AUGGCUGAGUAUGGAGGUGGGGCAACACGCACAAUGGCUAAUGUUGUUUUCCUUGGAACCAAUUGGGACAAUUUUGAGGCAGAUGAUAGCCAUGUGGAUAUUGAUAUGAAACCUAGUUCAAUUCCAAGUGAUCUAAAAGCGAAUCCCUCAGAACCUGAUCAGCUGUUUCAAAAUUGGCAUAAAAGUGGACAAUGCCCUGAGGCAACAAUCCCCAUUAGACGACCACAAGGAAAUCAACGCCCUCGUGAUCUCUAUCAUUUCAAACAACGUCGAGCACGGCUUAAUCAUAGCUUGGACAGCGCUUCUGAUGGUGAUGACCUAAGUGCUCAUGAGUAUGCCACAGCUUAUCUUGGUGGCAACUUUCAUGGAGCACAUGCAACAAUUAACGUAUGGCAACCUACUGUAUCUAAUAAUGGAGAAAUGAGUAUUGGUCAAAUAUGGGUUGUAGCUGGUCCAGACGAAAAAGUAAACACUAUGGAAGCUGGAUGGAGAGUCGAUUAUGACCAAAAAUCAAAGCUCUUCGUAUAUUGGACUAGUGAUGGCUACCAAAGCACGGGUUGCCACAAUCUUGAAUGCCCUGGUUUUGUUCAAACAAACAAGCAAGUUGCCCUUGGAUCUCCUAUAGGAGGUGUUUCCAGCUACAACUCGAAGCAAACCAACAUAGGGAUAACCAUAUACAAGAACAAUGAAAAUUGGUGGCUCAAAGUGAAUGAUCAGCCGGUAGGAUACUGGCCUUCAUCCCUCUUCACAUAUUUGGCGAACAGUGCAACCGAACUUACUUGGGGUGGAGAGAUUUACAACAACAAAAUAGGGGGCGUCCACACAAAAACUCAAAUGGGAAGUGGCCAUUUUCCAAGUGAAGGCUAUGGAAAAGCAAGCUAUUUUCGAAAUAUUCAAUCCGUGGAUUCAAACGGCAUUUUUAGAGAUGUUGAGGCUGGGGAGCUGGCAACAGAUGCAACGAAACCUUCCUGCUAUAAUAUAAAUUUACAAAGCGAUAAGAGUGGAGGCAGUGGAACCAAUUUUUAUUUCGGGGGUCCUGGCUAUUCAGAUAAAUGUCCAAAGUAG